UACGAAAGCAGAACAGUCUUCGUGAUCACACGAGGCAGAUCGAGUAAGUGAUUUUCGUGCAAUAAAGUCGAUUACGGAAUAAACAUGCCUGGGGGUGUUGUAUUUCUGGUCUGUAUCCCCACUUUGAGCUACGAGCAUCAACUUGUAUUCGGUGUGCCGGUAAAACGCUCGAAGAAGAUCGAAAAGAGCAAAAAUAAAAUCAUAGGGCCGAAGGUAGACCUUCGUCUAAAGGAAACAAAAAGUCGUGCGCAAUUACUCACGCUUGAUGAUGAUGGCGAUAACGAAGACGACGACGUCGGUAUUGAUGUUGGUAUUGAAGGCAGAAAAUAUCCUCGCGGAUAUCCCACGCGGUCGAAAUCACCGGUCUUCGUGUCGAUGGAAACGGUGUUGGAAGAGCUCCUUAAAAAGCUAAGAGUAGAACAUGUUGUAUGGUGCAAGGACAAGGAAGACAUGUAUUAUGAGGUGAUAUUUCCAGUACCCGCCGGUGAACCCUGCGAAAAUUGUAUACAUUGCCUCACCGAGUUGGGUAUUGGUGUUAAAAUGAACUCAAUAGUCAGCGUAAUCCCGACGCAAUGUACGUACAGCGGUGUGAACGGUACAAAAUCGUUGGCUGUCAAGGACGACGUUGCUCGCAGGUUUUUUAAAUUGAUUUUUGCUGAGAUUAGCGUAAAUGAAAAUAUGUUCAUGUAUUUUCUGUUAUUCAGACGGAAAGAAUCAGAAGACCGUAAAAACGCUUGGGACGAUUUCGUAGGCUCUAUUAGAUCGAAAUUGACAGUGAAACAGGUCGUCGAUGGCGUUCGCAGUGGUGGUGAUCUUACCUUCGAUUACAUGUGUCUUGUAUUAACUGCGGACUGUCUCGCUGCACUUGGUCUCAUCGAGAACAGUGCAACUAAUGUCGUUGCAGCUAUGCUAGUUUCUCCUCUCAUGGGACCUGUGAUGUCUCUGACUUUCGGGACGAUCAUAGCCGAUAGAAAGCUGCAACUGGUCGGUCUGAAAAGCUUGAUGCUCGGUAUCUUCGUAUCGAUACUAUUUGGCUUUAUAUUCGGCCUUCUCCUCGGUACAACUGAAAUGCCUUGGGGCUAUGGCGACUGGCCAACCGACGAAAUGAAGGGCAGAGGCAACUAUAGAUCGCUUUGGAUGGGUGUUCUUUGGGCUCUUCCAUCUGGCACAGGUGUCGCGGUCGCUUUGCUGCAAGGUAGUAAUGGGCCAUUAAUUGGUGUCGCCAUAUCAGCUUCGUUACUACCGCCAGUCGUCAAUUGCGGCUUAUUUUGGGCUCUGGGAUGCAUAUGGCUCAUAUAUCGACCAAUAAAAAUGCCCCAUAUUAAAGGCGAAUCUUACACAAACUUUAAUAGCUCCUAUACGUAUAUCUACAGCGAUUAUUUGCCCGUAGAAUUCUUCUGUAAUGGCAUUAUCAGCGCGUGUCUAACGUUUAUCAAUGUAAUGUGCAUCUUUAUUACGGCGAUAAUAGUCUUGAAGAUUAAAGAAGUGGCCGCACCGUAUACGUCAACACCGGAACUGCGUCGAUUCUGGGAACAUGACAUUCGGCUGGUUCGCGAUAAGAAUAUCUCUAGAGAUAACAGUUCUUUGAAUUCAAGUUUCUACGAUGGAUUGAGUAAAACUAAACAACGAGCAUUGGAACGUACAUUAAACGAAGCAGUCAGAGAAGCGAUAAAUGACGAAACUUUCAGAAAAGUACAAAGACUCAGUUAUGGGCAUGGACCGGAAGAGAUUAGCCCUCGGCUUGGUCUUCCUGCUCGCGGAACUGGGGGUAGAGGUAACAUAAAAGACAGUGAAAACACUGAAGAAAUAACAGAUGGAAAUCUACAGUCACACAAAGGCUUGAAUUCUGGUAAUACAAGCGAAGAUUUGAUCGCAUUGGAUCGUUUAAUAACAUAUCUUUUGAGUCAACCAAACAACCCCACUGGCGGCAAUUUGGAUUCAUGGAGACGCUCGCAUCGAGCUAGUUCACGAGGAUAUAGACAAUUACGUGGCACUGCCGCUGAUACCGACGCGGAAACCGGUGGCGUUGGCACAACGACUCUUUGAGCAUAAAUUGACAUUUAAAGAAAAGCCAGCAUCGCAUAUAAAAUAGCAAUACGAUAGCUAGUUUCAAGUUAAAUGUCACAUAAGAUAAAACUGUAAUGAGGACAAGGCACAAACAGAAAUGUUAAUUUUGCUAAAGAUAUGAUAGAUUAUUAAUAUCUGCAUUUAUAA